ACACAGCACUUCCACUGUCCUGUUAGUCUGAAGCAACCCGCCAGGAAACUUCAUUCAGCAGUUUCUGACCAAAACAACAUCGGUACUAAAAAUGAGCCCUUUGUCAGCUUUGUUCGGGCUGAAUUUAAUGGGAUGAUGCUGGGAGAAUCACAAAACGUUGAGUCAACUGUAGAUAAGAGUGUGAACUACAACUUCAGCUGUAGCUUUGAAUGUGCAGAAUGGGCACAUACUGUGGAUGACCUGGUGCAUAAACCUGUCAUAUUAACAGUGCUUGAGGUCUUAGCAAAAGAAAAAAAACAAAAAGAGGACAAGACUUUGGUUUUGGGCCAGGCAGUUGUUGACCUGCUUCCUUUGUUGUAUGGGCAGUGCAGUGUGUCUUCCACUGUGGUCCUUCACCCUGUAUCACACAAUGACAUUGUUUCACAGGAUGGAAAUAAGCCAACACUAGAAGUGUCAGUCAGCGUGCAAGAGCCACUGCUGUCAGAUGUUCAGCUUUCUGAGUCUAACCUGCUGACGGUCACAGUGGAGACAGCUUACUCUGUACCCGAGGUGUGGAACCCAGCUACUGCACCUCAGUCCACCUAUGUAGCUGCUUUGCAAGUUCCCAUCACAGCUGAGAAAGAGCAAACUUUAUUGUUCUCCAAUGGCUUAUUAAAAAUGGGUGGAGAGAAAGAGCCAGUGCCCAGAGCCAAAAAGUGGCCUUUUGGCACAUUCCUGGCCUCAGAUGCCAAGUUCAUCUUUGGAAAAGUCAUAGAAGCAGAGCCGACUGAUUAUGAAGAUGGAGACUUUAACAGUUUAGAGGACCGAGAGUUCAGAACUGAAGCCGAGACGCACAAGAAAAGAGUGAGCUGGAAUACAGAGCGCCGAUGCUACUUAGAUGCAAAAGGAGUUGCAUGCUUGAGCCAGAUGAUUGUCGACUGUAGGCUGUGGCCAGUGGAAAUGAUGAGAUCUCCUCAGCUCGUCAGCAAAGGAAAAGGCAGAGAAAAAUCUCAGUCAGAAGAUGAGGUCCAGAUCCCUUUCCAUGGAGUGGCAUAUGUAGAUUUUACUCCACUGUUGUACCCAGGUGUCAGGCGUAUUCGUGGAGCAUAUAGACUCCAUCCAUUCUCUGACUUGGAACUUCUAAUGAAGACCAAGAGGAACACGAGCGUUCUGCGGGAGGUCGUAAAGGCCAUGAUGGCACAGAGCCGGCUUCGUCCAUCCUCUUCUGUAACCUCCUGCAGGGCAACACCCAGCAAAACGUUUGAGCCCUACAAGGGAGGCAAAGAUGCCAAAGAGGCAGGCAAAAAGACAGGAAAGCUAGGUCAAACUGAAAGCAUGACAGAGGAUGAACAGCAAGUGAAUGCAGAAGGCCAGAUGUACGCAGAUUCGAGAUCAUACAUUGUUUUUGAAAUAACCCUGGAAAAACCUCUAGUACCAAGAAGAGCUCCAGAGGAGCUGGCACAACGGGUGAGGGAGCUGAUUCCACCCAGGCCUCCACUUCCCCGACGUCCAGCAGGAGCUGAACGAGCUGUGCAGGAGUAUCGGGCUCAGAUAGCAAGUGUGGCAGCUCAGGUGUUGCAGCAGUACAAGCAGAUGUUCGGAGCUGCAUUUGUUCCUGGCGCCAAGCUUCUGGAUCCUUCCACCCAAGAGCAACGCAAGAGCCAACUGUUUGGAGAACUCAACUGCUCCGGGCAGUAUUUCACCUUUAAGGAACAAAUGAAAUACUCAGUGGUACGAAUUGUUCGUGAGAAGAUGUUGAGAACUGAAUCUUUUACCAGCAAAGAGCAGCUACAAGCCUUCCUGAGUCAACUCUACAUCUUUCUGGUGGAUGAAAUGCAUGUUGCCCUUAAUAAGACCCUAUCAGCCAAUCCUCAGGAUGUCCAGUCUCAGUCCAUACUGGACUGCACUCAUCUCAGACACUUUGCCAAGGAGGCUCUGCUAAACGAGGACUACCAGUUAGCUGCUCACUAUUACCAAGAGCUGUUAGCUCGAGAUCAGAGCAAUGCUUCUUACUGGUUUGACUACGGAGCACUUCAUAUGCACAGUGCUGAUUACUUAAAGGCAGAGGAGUGUUUCCAUCUGGCUGUCUCCAUCGACCAAGCUCACGUACCCAGUUUACUCAUGUGUGGGAUUCUGUCAGAAAUGAAUUGCCAUUAUGAUGAAGCUGAGACCUUUUUCGAAAGGGCAACAUGUAUUGAACCAAACAGCAUGAUGGCCUGGACUGUAUUUGGCUUGUUUUACUUGGCACAAGAGAACUUUAUCCAGGCAGAGAUGGCAUUCCAAAAUGCAACCAAGCAGCAAAGGGCAUCAAUGGUGUGUACCAGCCCAGUUUGCACAGCAGAGACGGUGUGUACCACUCAUGUUGAGAGAUAUGGUGAGGAGAAAGAAGAGGAAAGCAAGUAUCUGACUGACCCUGUAAACAAACCAGCUUCUCCCGCUUUGGAAGAGGAUGGUGAGACAGAAAAAGAGACCAAGUCUUUAAACAACCAUGUUAUAGGAGCAGAAGAGGGUGACUCCACAAAUGAUCCUGAACCUACCCUGUUACAACAUCAACAGACCACCAGACCCAGCGCCACCAUCUACAUGGAGACAGUGAAGUUUCUGCUACAGAAUUCUGCAUUGCAGAUGGCUCAGAGGGCUUUGGCUCAGGAGUUGCUGUGUCCAGAUGGAGGGCCAAGCAGCUUGUAUCAUUUGGCCCUGGCCCACCUGCAUAUGCUGCGUGGAGAGUACAGCAGUGCUGAGGCGAGUCUACAAGAGGCGCUCAAUAACAACUUCCAGAACCAUGACAUUUGGGCACUCUAUGGUCACUUGCACUACACUCUAAAGGACUAUGAUCAAGCUCAAAAGUGUUAUGACAGAACGCUGGACUUUGUGACUGAUGCUUCAGACACACAUCUCAUUUACCUGCGACUGGGAUCCAUUUACUUACAGAAAGGACAGUAUGAAAAAGCCAAGUCUACAUACAUUCUUGCCUGCAAAAGAUCUCCCUCCUGUCUCACCUGGCUGGGUCUGGGCAGUGCUUGCUACAGGCUUGGGGAGCUGACUGAGGCAGAGGAUGCUCUGACUGAAGCCAAUGUCCUAAAUAACAGAAACCCUGAAGUCUGGGGCUACUUGGCAUUGGUUUGUUUACAGACUGGAAGGAAACUCGAAGCAGAGCAGUCGUACAAGUACGCAAUUAAGUUUAAUAUCCCAGAAGAGCCACUACUGCGAGAGAUCAGAGAGCUGCAGGUUCGUGUGGGAUUUAAAGAUCCAAGUUUUUAGUUUAACUUAAGGCGGUUUCAGAGCAAAGUUUGCUGCACUCUCAUGUCCCUGGUUCAAUACUGAGCUAAUUACGGUCAGUGUGAGUACGGCAUGUCUCCACUUUCUUUCAACCUUUCAAAACAUGUCUGAAGAUUGGCUGCUUAAUACUUAGGUAUGAAUAAGUGUGUGUGCCACAAUAAUAUGUUAAUGCAUCUUCAAAUUUUUUCCAUUAUUGUAUUUUACAAUUCAUGUAAGGUUGCUGUGUAUUUGAAGAAUAAUAGAAUAAUAAAGCAUCUUUUAUUGCUAUGCCUCAA